ACAAAAAAGUUCACACUUCACAGUUCACACUCCACAUCUCAGUUGCUGAUUGCUCAGGGAGAAAAGAGAGAAACCGCGUUUUAGGAGAAUUCGGCACUGUAUCUCCUUGCGCCAUGUGAUGGGUUCCUCCUCUCGCAUUUAACACUCCCUUCCCCUCUUAAUUCCAUUGAUUCACUUUCCUUAUCUCUCUGACACUCUCUCUCCCCCUCUUCAAUACAACUCAUCAAUUCCUUCACUGUUAAGUAGUAUCAAUCAUCAUCAUCCACCUGCUGCAGCCCUGGUUUCAUUUAUAGAUCUUCAAUUGAGUGUCACCUCGGUUUUUGUUGCAAAUGGCUCCACCAACGUACUUGGGUUGCAGAAGAGUUGUUCUGUUGUUCUGUAUUCUUUCUUUUCUGUUUGUUUCUGUUUGUUUCAGUGACUGCUCAGAAUCGCAACCUCAGAGCAAAGAGUUUGCUGGUGGAAGGAGAAUGUUGGAGGCACAAAAGGAAGAGCCUACUGUGAAAAAGACCAAGCCAAUCAAGCCUAAUCUUUCUCUUAAAAAUCAGACCAAGCCCGUCAAAUCCAACCUAUCCGCCAAAAAUCAGACCAAGCUUGCCAAAGUCGGUUCCGAUUCAUCGUCCAAAUCCAUACCCACCCUUCUCGCCGAUACUGUGGUCAAGAAGCUGAAUUCUACCUCCAAGAACAAGAAGCUGAAUUCCACCAAAUCAACCUCAAUUUCCACCAAAAAAUCCUCAGGUCUUCUCAAAGAAAGUGAUGCCAAGAACAAAACGACCAAAUCCACCGCCGCCAAGGAAACCAAGGUUAAAGCAGAUCAAAAGCUGGAGCUCGAAUCUGAGAAGCCGAACAAGAAUAAGAACGCGGAGAAGAAGUCCGGGCAACAGAAACCAAAGAAACAAACGCCACCGAGCUGGAUCGAGCAAGACGACAACGACGACGAUUUCGUUUCAGAGUUGAAAGAUCUGCCCACCAAGUUUCAGCAGUCGAUCAUUCCAGACCUCACGAAAAUCUCAAGCACCUCCAGAAUCUACAUAAGCAAAGCCAAUAAAGAAAUCACAAAAGGAUUCAAACCCUAUGUCGGCAACACAUACGCACCCACCAUCGCCACCGUACUCUCUUGCGCAUUCCUCCUGAUCCCUCUGGUUUUGGUCUCUCUCAUUUUCAAUCGAAUCAAAGCUUACUUCUCUCUCCAGAGACUCCUAAUCUUCAUCCAAGUCUAUCUCUCCAUCUACUUCUCCAUCCUCUGUCUCUCGUCGCUGAUCACAGCGCUUGAGCCCCUCAAGUUUCUAUACGCUACUUCGCAGUCCACCUACGUCUGUCUACAGGUGCUGCAAACUCUGGGUUACGUAUUGUACCUCCUACUGCUGCUGAUGUACCUGAUCCUAGUCUUCUCGACAGAUUGCGGGCCGGGCUCGAAAUUCGUGGGCCUGACCCAGACAUUCGUCGGCUUGGCCGUCGGGUUGCACUACUACGUGACGGUGUUUCACAGGGUGGUGCUGAAGCAACCGCCAAAGACGAAUUGGAAGAUUCACGGCAUAUAUGCCACGUGUUUUCUGAUGAGCUGUGUGAUUGCAAAGGCUGAUAGAAGGAAGAAGGCUUACAUGGUGGACGGAGCAGAAGAAGGCAAGAAGAAUUAGAUUAAAGUAAAUUGAAUUGAAUUUAUGCCGGAGAUUAAGGUUCUUCAUGUACCGCAAGGAAUUUGGCAUGGAGGGACGAUAGUAAAAGUUUGAUGUUCUUCUAUAUUUGGCUAAAAGCAUUUGCGUCUACGCCUCUUUUUUUUCCCCCCCUCUCUCUCUUCAGAUAUAUGUAUAAAUAAAUACAUUUUUUAUUUUUGUUUU